AUGAUGGAGAGAAAUUUGAAUUUAGGAUAUUCAAAGUUGAAGCACAUUAUCUCAAUUAAGUAAGAAAAGAGUGAAUAAAUAAAAUAGAUACAAAUCAAUAAAUAAUGAAGGGAGUUUCAAUUAGUUGAGAUGGAAUGCCAACAAUUUCGUCAGGCGAAGACAAGACAAUAAAUAUCUGUUGAGUAUAAAAAAGUAGAAAAAUGAAAUGAAGGAAUCUAAGAGUAGAAAAUAACGAAAUUCAGCAACUAACAAUUCAAGCUCAAAAAUUAAAGAAAUAAUAAAGAGUUGA